AUGGCCACUACUGAGUGUGCUACCAAGGACUGGCAAACUCACAAAAAAUCGUGCAAACGACAAAAUUUCAUCUUGAGAGUUGACUUAUGCCCUCGAUAUCUCAUCAAUCCCCGCGUUACGCGAACUCUUUCAUGCCCUGCUACUGCUACGUUUGCCGAUCUGCAUGACGCGCUUCAAAUUUCAUUCGGCUGGAAGAACUGCCAUCUUCAUGAGUUUGAAGUUCUGAGUCACAGCGAAUUCAUAGGCUACAAGUCCUCUUUCAGCCCGGGAGCAGCGCUUCUCCUCAUAAGUCCAGAUAUACUAGAGGGAAAAAAUCAGGAAGAAAAGGACAAGUGUAGCAGCAACACUGUACUUUACCAGAUUCUGGAUGGAGAAUUGACAAGGGGCAAAACCAUGUUGUAUCGCUAUGAUUUUGGAGAUGAUUGGGAGCAUAUUAUGGUUUGCGGGGGACGAGCAGAUCCAAGCGUGAACUUCGAACUUUUAGGCGGGGAAGGCCAUGGAUGUGCAGAGGAUGUAGGUGGACCUAGUGGAUGGAUCAAAUUACUCGAAGCUUAUGAUUCAAAUAACCCGACAAAAGAUCAGCGACAAACUAUAGAUUGGUUCGAGGAAGAAGCACAUAACAAAGAUUCAUAUGGCCUCCGAGGAGCAGCAAAAUACACAUGGGACAAAGAAAAAUUGAAUAUAGCUCUCAAGGAGCUCGACACUUCCAGCCUAUCUGGAGAUGCUUUAUCAAUUCUUCUGGUGUCCCUGGGCAAGGAGUAUUGGUUCGAUGGGAUGUAUGUCGAUGUGAUUGCCAAGCUUCGCUCUAAAACCACGGUCAGAGAAGUAACGGAUAGCAUAUCAGCAAUGAAACACGUCAGGAAUGCAAUCCAGAACUAUCUCGCCAUCAUAGUUACUGACGCGGUUUUCAUGCUACCUACAUACCUUGCGAUCAACCGAGAAUUAAUUGAGUACGUCAAAUCAGGUGGGACAGUAAUAUUCGGCUUCAUGAUUGCAAAUCUUGCAGAGCCACCAACAUUUGAGAAGUACUUCAGUAGUUCAGGCUGGGGCCUCAACUGGAAAUUUGGCACUUAUACUCGAGAUACAUACGAAGUCAACAGUCAGGCCCACCUCACGAAAAGCUGCAAAGCUACCUUGGAGUCUUACGGCAUGAAAGCUCUCAGUUUAAAGAACGCCAAGCCAGAAGAUAGAGUGUACGCAGGUCCUGGUAGCGCUAGGAAUCAGAGUCCCGCUAUUUUUGCCAAAUAUGGAAGAAAUGAGACUAAGCAGGGUUAUGUAGGUUGGCUUGGUGAUGUAAAUGUUGAGGAGGGGACGACCAAGUUGCUUUUAGCAAUGUGUGGCUUUUGA